GCGAGGUCACUGCAGGUCGGAGGUCACGAGAUCAAGGAUCUGGAACCCCGAGGUGUGCACAGCGCUGGGAUGCCAGAUCUGGCCUCAAAGCGGAGGAUCCCUGUGUCCCAGCCGGGCAUGGCCGACCCCCACCAGCUUUUCGAUGACACAAGUUCAACCCAGAGCCGGGGCUAUGGGGCCCAGCGGGCACCUGGCGGCCUAGGCUAUCCUGCAGCCUCUGCCACGCCCCAGGCAGCCUUCCUGGCUGACCCAGUGUCCAACAUGGCCAUGGCCUAUGGGAGCAGCCUGGCCGCGCAGGGCAAGGAGCUGGUGGAUAAGAACAUUGACCGCUUCAUCCCUGUCACCAAGCUCAAGUAUUACUUUGCUGUGGACACCAUGUAUGUGGGCAGAAAGCUGGGCCUGUUGUUCUUCCCCUACCUGCACCAGGACUGGGAGGUGCAGUACCAACAGGACACCCCGGUGGCCCCCCGCUUUGACGUCAAUGCCCCGGACCUCUACAUUCCAGCGAUGGCUUUCAUCACCUACGUUUUGGUGGCUGGUCUUGCGCUGGGGACCCAGGAUAGGUUCUCCCCAGACCUCCUAGGGCUGCAGGCGAGCUCAGCCCUGGCCUGGCUGACCCUGGAGGUGGUGGCCAUCCUGCUCAGCCUCUAUCUGGUCACUGUCAACACCGACCUCACCACCAUCGACCUGGUGGCCUUCUUGGGCUACAAGUAUGUCGGGAUGAUUGGCGGGGUCCUCAUGGGCCUGCUCUUCGGGAAGAUUGGCUACUACCUGGUGCUGGGCUGGUGCUGUGUGGCCAUCUUUGUGUUCAUGAUCCGGACGCUGCGGCUGAAGAUCUUGGCAGAAGCAGCGGCUGAGGGGGUCCCGGUGCGUGGGGCCCGGAACCAGCUGCGCAUGUACCUGACCAUGGCAGUGGCAGCGGCACAACCUCUGCUCAUGUACUGGCUCACCUUCCACCUGGUGCGGUGAGCGGAGCCUCCCGCCGCCGCCGCCGCUGCUGCUGCUGCUGCUGCUGCUGCUGCUGGGAGCCACUGGACUCAUCUCCUGCCUGCAGGCCCCAGGGGUCCACCCUGUCUGGCCACAGGCGACGCCUCCAUCCCAUGUCCCGCCCAGCCCCGCCCCCAACCCAAGGUGCUGAGAGAUCUCCAGCUGCACAGGCCAUCGCCCCAGGGCGUGGCCGCUGUUACAGAAACAAUAAACCCUGAUGGGCAUGGCG